AGCUCAGCUCAUUCUGCACUGGCUGCUGUCAGCACGCAGAGUCUGAACGGCGAGGCGUAACACUGUUACUCCACAAAACCGUGUGUUGACACGCUAGACAUGAAACUAUCGCUUUGGAUAUCGGACUGUCCUAAAACCCCAGAUGACAAGCCUUAACCCGGAGCGCUACGGACGAAGUACGAAUCGUCUCUGGACUGUGAGAGCUGGACUUAAAAUAAACAGGUGGCUUUCACAUUGGAUUCUUAAACAUCUGAUUCUGGCUGGGGAAGCAAGAUAAAGACAGAGAGAGAGGGUUGAACAUCUGCUGAACACAUCAGCGGAAGUGCUGUCACCAGGUGGGCUGUAUGCUGUGGCUUUGGAGACGGAGCCAGAGGACUCCUUUAUGCCCACAGGCCUCGGCUGUCCAAAGAGGGGAUGAUCUGGAGCGCUGCACACAGGCCUAUCAUUAGGCCAUCGGGGCCCAUGUUAAGGAAUGGAUAGUUUUGCCGCUAAAUGUUACAGUGUAACUUCCCUUUAACUAUGGGGCACCGGUGAAGGAUUGGUAUGGAAAUUGUUUUUUUCCUUUGGAAUCAUCUAAAGCAGCAGGCUAAGGAAAGCAACUUUUAUUUGUUUUUAAGGAAUUAUAUAAUUUGACAUUUUUAUAUAAAUGUGUCUACAUAGCAUUUAUUGUUUUUAGGUGACUAGCGUUAUAUCACAAAGCAGACUUUUGGAUUUAUAAACAAAGACCAUGGCGGCUACCUAUCGCAUUGUGGUCAGCAGUAUUAACUGUUAUAACAGUGUUGUGAUUGACCGUCGUGUCCAGCACACUGUACACUACUGUAAUGGGCCCUGUGGUGCACUAAAACAUGGACUGAACUGCACAGUGGCUCACCGCAGCACUUGUGCUGAACUUCUUGAUACCCCCAUAUCUAGAACCUGCUCUGACCGGCCCAUUAGCAUUCAUGAGUCCAAAACAAUGGAGAAUGGCAACACCGGACCUGGAGCCUUCUGCGAUGACUACCACCAGGUCGUCCCCAGAGUUAAGAAAGGAUCUGCCAUCCAAAGCUCAGCAAGCCUCAAGGAUAUUACAGGGGAAGCUAUCAACCUGGCCAGUGGAAAAAUCAAGGAGUUUUCAUUUGAGAAGAUAAAGUACUCUUCCAGCCACGUGACUUUCAGAAAGGGCCGUAAGGUUCGGCCAGACUCUUUCAGCAGGAGGUCCACUGACCUAGAUAUCAUCUAUGGUCAGUUCACAGGCAACGAUGAAAACUGUCCUCCUUUUGGACUGUUUCAGAAAUCUGUACUCGAAGAGCAUAAGCUGAGUCGCAGUGCAUCCCUAGAGCAGAACCUAAACAGUGUAGCCACACUCUACCUGAACAGCCUAACUGAGGAGAACCUAAUUACUCGCAUACUGGAGAAGACCAAGGCAGACAGCAGUGCCUCAGGAGAAGACAUUAAAGCCUGUUUGGACAUUCUCCUCAAGUGCUCAGAAGAUCUGAAGAAGUGCACGGACAUCAUCAAACAGUGCAUCAAAAGAAAGUCGAUGGGUGGAAGCAACGACGACUCCGGGAACCCUGAAGUCAUUUAUAAAAAUGUAAUGGCUCGUCUCUCCAACUAUCUGAAGAGGCUUCCUCUUGAGCUGGAACAGGGGCAAGGUGUGAGGCAGGAACACAGCGAACUUGCCGAACUCGUCAACAGCAUACAUGGGCUGCAACAAAUCCCAUUCUCCCCCAUCUUUGGCAAUGAGCAGCCUCCGCGAUACGAGGACGUUGUUCAGUCUCCUCCGCCCACAAAGCCUCGUGCUAAACCCUCCCAGCCAGAACCUCCAGAAGGCUCUAGGGAUCAUGCAGUCAAUUUGAAACCUAUUCAGAGCCCCACUGGUUUGUCAGCGCGUACACCUCCAUCAACUAAUGGGUUUCCGCACGGCAACUUGCCUUCAGCCUCCAGUAGCACUUCAACGCCUUAUAUCUGCCACCACACAGUCUCAACCAGCCGACCGGACACAUUCUCUUCCACAAACUCUCUUUUGUCUAGCAGUAGCGAAAGCAUCUGUAAGGAUGCCAUGGAGGCUCUGUAUAUUGAGGAGGAGGAUUCGGAUGUGGGAAGGAUGCCGGACAGGGCAGUUAAAGGGGAUGGGAAGCACAGCUGUAGUAUUUCGGAGUCCAGACCGUUCUCGAAAAGAACCACUGGCUACUCUGAACCUGGUGGUGGUGUUUCAGAUAAACUCCAUGAACUUAGCAGAAACGGAACUGUGUUCAAGCCUAAAAACGACUCGACGAUCAACCAGAUGUAUUUGCCAAAAAGCACAGAUUCUAGACUGUACUCCAGAUCAACUUCACAUGUUAAUAAAGGGGGAGCCGAUGACAUUGAUAAAUUGCUGAUGGAUCUCGAGUGUCUUUCUCAGAACAUGCAAAAGGAGCCUCCACUGCCCCCUAAACUUAAAAACUGUGCCCAGCAGACAGGUUCCCCCCAGCAUUUGAUUGGUAACUCGGUGGCUAAAGAUCUACCAGUGCCAGGUUUGUCUGGACCCUCGGUGACCAAGCCCUCCGAAACAGGGGUUGAGGCCACCGAAGAGGAUGACGGAGCUCUGCUGCUCAGGAUUCUUGAGAGCAUUGAGAGCUUUGCUCAGGAGCUGGUGGAGAGUGGAGCUGGGAGAGGAACUCAGUCUAAGGAGCGAGAGGUCAUGCGUCUUCUCCAGGACACGCUGGCCAGUACCAAAGCAGAGGUGGCUCCGCUCCCGCUGCCUGUACCUCCGACUGAGACUGUAUUUGCACCAGCGCAAACACCUAAAUGCAUACCUGCACCAACACCCUCAAGUGCAACUGCUGCCGUACAAACCCCUGCUUCUACUGUAAGGGACACAGGCUCAACUCUUCUCAUUCAACAGACGCCUGAAGUCAUCAGGAUCCAGCCUGAGAAGAAACCUGGAACACCUCCUCCAACUCUAGCACCUGCGCCCUCCUCGCCAACCCCACGGCCGCCCAGCCCUCCGCCAGCCAAAGUAGUGGCCACACCCCCACCCUCCUCCAUAAACAUUCCACGCUUCUACUUCCCCAAAGGCCUUCCAAACUGUGCAGCCAACUAUGACGAGGCCAUUGCCAAAAUCGAGGCGGCCUUCACAGAGUUCGAGGAGGAGAAAGCUGACAUUUAUGAAAUGGGGAAGAUCGCAAAGGCAUGCGGGUGUCCCCUCUAUUGGAAAGCACCGAUGUUUAUUUGCGCUGGUGGAGAGAGGACAGGUUUUGUUUCUGUUCACUCAUUCAUUGCAACAUGGAGAAAGUUAUUACACAGCUGCUAUGAUGAUGCAUCCAGGUUUGUUUACUUGCUGGCCAAACCAGGCUGCAAUUACCUGGAACAAGAAGAUUUCAUCCCUCUGUUACAGGACAUCGUGGACACUCAUCCAGGGCUGACGUUUUUAAAAGAUGCUCCUGAAUUCCAUUCCCGGUACAUCACAACAGUGAUUCAAAGAAUAUUUUACACAGUUAAUCGCUCUUGGACAGGCAAAAUCAACAUGACAGAGCUCAGGAGAAGCAACUUCCUUCAGACUCUCGCCUUGCUGGAAGAAGAGGACGAUAUUAAUCAAAUCACAGAUUAUUUCUCUUAUGAGCACUUUUAUGUCAUUUACUGUAAGUUCUGGGAGCUGGACACUGACCAUGACCUCUUCAUCGACCCCAAGGAUCUGGCCAGGUACAACGACCACGCCUCAUCAAGCAGAAUCAUUGAGAGGCUGUUCUCAGGAGCUGUCACAAGGGGAAACUCUGUGCAGAGAGAAGGAAGAAUGAGCUAUGCUGAGUUUGUGUGGUUCCUCAUUUCAGAGGAGGACAAAAAGAAUCCCACAAGUAUAGAGUACUGGUUCCGCUGUAUGGAUAUGGAUGGAGAUGGUGUUCUGUCCAUGUUUGAACUGGAGUUUUUCUAUGAGGAGGAGCAGUGUGAACGCAUGGAGGGGAUGGGCAUUGAACCACUGCCUUUCCAGGAUCUCCUGUGCCAGAUGCUGGACUUAGUUAAACCAGAAUGCCCAGGUAAAAUUACUCUUCGAGAUCUGAAGCGCUGCAGGAUGGCACAUAUAUUCUACGACACAUUCUUCAAUCUGGAGAAGUACCUGGACCAUGAGCAGAGAGAUCCCUUUGCAGUGCAGAAGGAUUUGGAUAGUGACGGUCCAGAGCCCUCCGACUGGGAUAAGUAUGCUGCCGAAGAGUAUGAGAUUCUUGUGGCAGAGGAGACAGCCAACGAACAGCUACGAGAGGGAUCUUUCGACGACGAUUACGAAUCCGACGAGCUCACGGUCUCCUCAGACAUUGGAAAUAAAAUGGAUAAGCUGGUCAUAUCUGAUUUAUCGGCAUAAGUCGCCCACACACCACGACGUUGAACGGAUAACCACCUCGCCAUAUUUUCCCUCACGCGUCAAAAAGGGAAAACCCUUUUCUACAUUUCAUUACGGACAUUUGUGUGUGUGUGUGCAUGUGUGCAAUAGAACUAAUUCUUCUAAAACCAAACGGCUUCAGACACCCACAAAAAGGCUUUAUGUGCAAUAUGUCUUAACAUGUAUAUGUAAACUCAUUGUUUUUCACUCUCUUACCGAUAGUCGCAUCCACUCCCCUCAAACUAAACUGCCGGCUGGUUCCAUACACUCUUCACAAAGACUUUGAUGUGAAACAAAAGGACUUUUUAGUAACUUUAGAAAGAGUUUAGAAUGUGCUUAAUGUGAGUGAAACUAUGUAACGCUGCCAUAGAUUUUUAAACGGCGGGGAGGGAAAAAUAGAGAGACUUUAUAUUUGUGUGGCACGUAACUCAGAGAAACUAGUCCUGUUGGACUAAAGACAUUUAAGUCAUGAGAUCAGCACGUAUGCUGUGCUAUGCUGUGUUGCACAUUAUGUUUAAGGGACGUGGCAACGGUGCAAACGUGUUGCUCCCAGUGGUCACUGAUGGUAUUGCAUGUUGUUGCUUAAAGAAAAGACAGAAAGUUGACUUUUACAGUGUUUGAACUUAACCACCAUCCAUUUGCAUAUUUCCAGACGAACUGACCAGGACAAUCUUAGACUUGAAAGUGCUUUUUGGAAAUAUGUUUUUAUUGGGUUGAAAUGGUCAUCUUUUACCAGAAAUGUUAACAGGAAACAAUUCAUCAUGCUAUUCAUCCUCGGUGUACAGAGACGUUCGUCCGAUACAGUUUUGUGUAUGUAUUUAAUUCACCUGUAAUCAUGUAAAGAGCUGUAAAGCACUAUUUAUUUGGCUUGGGCAUUUGUUAACUCACCGUUUUAAGAUUUCAGAAGUUCACAGUCCUUCGGACCCCUGGUUGACCACUCAAUCAAUCACCAAAAUUCAUUGCUCAUGUACUCAUCUCAAACUGUUCUGCCAUUGGUCAGUCAAACAUUUAGUCCCGCCCCCGAACACACGCCAUUGGGUUAAAAGCACCACAGAGCAACAGUGUUUACAGGGAAAUCAGCUUACACUUGCUUAUAGUUCUCUGCCAUUAAACAGGGAUUGGACAAAGUAUUGAACAACACAAUUCAGCUUCAACAAAUCUCUCUGUGUGCUUGAUGGCCAAACCUCCCUCCACUCCGUCACACUCUCUGGUUUAUGUAAUUAGUGUAAUAUAUUUAUAUAUGUGAAGUGGUUUGUUUGUUUUUGUUUGGCCAGCCAUUUUCAUGGUUUACCAGUAGCUUUUUUUUCUUGUACUGUAGUGUAGCUUUUUUUUUUUUUUUGACCUAGGACAUUUAUUUUAUAUAGCCACUGUAAAUGUCUUUGUAUUUUAUUUUUCCCAUGUGAUCGACUCUGCCACUGAGUGGUAGGGGACGUUUAAAUUAUGAUAUAUCUCUAACUGCCAGUGUUAUAUAAUGUGCAUUAAGCUGAGUGGGCAGGGGCUUUAUGAAGGAAUUCAAUAUGAAUUCAUUGACAGGUGACAAUCAACUGGACGUGUUUCUGCGGUUAAUGACAUGCAAGUAGCACUUCUUAGAAAAAAAAAAAACAGAA